GGGAGAGAAGGAAAGGGACAGAGUGAGUGAGGACCUCUUCUCAGUAGUGCACUCCUUCCUUCAUUCACUUUCCCCUGAUCAGGGACGCAUGUGACUCAAGUGUAGCUUCCAGGAUUGCUGUGUCGACACUAAUAUGGCACUGGCUGUCUGUCUCUGCUGGAGCUCCCUGUUCCUUGUAGCUGCUCUUGCAGUCCCACGCUCUCCUGCUAACUCAGGGCGCACACCAGCUGCUAAAGUGCGUUUGGCAGGAAUCAGGCUCAGAGACAAUGAAGGCCGCAUUGAAGUGCUUCACAACGGUACUUGGGGAACUGUGUGCGAUGACGAGGUUGACAUUAAACUGGCAAAUGUGGUUUGUAAAGAACUGGGCUUCCGGGGGGCCAUCACAUGGGCACACAGUGCCAAAUAUGGAGAGGGAGAUGGUCCUAUUUGGAUGGAUAAUGUGCGCUGCGAUGGUUCAGAGAAAUCACUGAAAGAGUGCAAGUCAAAUGGAUGGGGUAUCCACGACUGCAAACACUCAGAGGACCUUGGGGUAGUGUGUAAUCCUGAGAGAAGACUGGACCAAGUGGUUUCUGGUGGGCCUAGAAGAAGCCCUUCCACUAGAAGCAAUGUGAGCACCUCAAACCGUUGGCAUGACAUCUACUCCAACUCAAGGGCCCCUUUGCAGGGUCAGUUAUCCAGACAGCGGUUACAUGAUCCGUCUGGCAGUAAAGUGAGGAUUCAGGAAGUCCGUUUGCGGCCAGUUUUGAUGGCUACGAAGAAACGUGCCCUAGUGACGCAGGGUGUGGUGGAAGUGAAGCAUGCUGGGAGAUGGAGGCAGGUGUGUGACAAAGGCUGGAGUCUGAACAGCAGCAGGGUGGUGUGUGGCAUGCUGGGAUUCCCUGAUGCAGUUCAGCCCAACAUGAAGGCUUACAAAAAAAUAUGGGAUGAAAAGGUUAAGGAUCCAUCUACCAGGCUGAGUUUUAUGGCCAAAAAGAAGAGUUUCUGGGUGGAGAAACUGCAUUGCCUUGGUACAGAGCCCAGCCUGGCAGAGUGUCAUGCCCAGCUCUCCAUUCCUCACAGUUCUACCCCAUGUAAAAAUGGACGCUAUGCAGUGGCCCACUGCAAACCAGGACCGCAAUUUUCACGCAUGUCCUCAGGGAGGCCUCCAGCCCCACAUCCGAUCAAGCCGGCAGUGCGUUUGAAGUCAGGACCUCGCUUGGGAGAGGGCAGGGUGGAAGUUCUGUGUGAAGGAAAGUGGGGAACUGUGGUUGAUCAUCUUUGGAAUCGUGUCGCUGCCAGUGUGGUGUGCAGAGAACUGGGUUUUGGUACUGCCAAAGAGGCCCCUACAGGAGCCUACAUGGGCCAAGGAACCGGGCCGAUCCAUAUGAGCUCAGUUCAAUGUACAGGAAGAGAACGCUCCAUCUUGAAUUGCCAUUUCCAACCAGUCCAGCCCUGGACAUUCAAACACACCCAAGAUGCAUCUGUCCGAUGUAACGUUCCUAAGACAGGCUUGGACACCACAGUGCGGUUAGCAGGGGGCAGAGAUGUGGCAGAAGGCCGUGUGGAAGUGCUCAUGGAGGUUGGGGGCAGGAAGCGCUGGGGAGCAGUGUGCAGUGAGAACUGGGGUAUUAAUGAGGCAAUGGUAGUGUGCAGACAGCUGGGCUAUGGCUUUGCUGCACGUGCCCAUCAGGACACAUAUUACUGGCCCGGAGACCCUAACGCUCAGGACGUGCUGCUGAGUGGGACUCACUGUGUGGGCACUGAACUGUCCAUUCAGCAAUGUCGCCGAAACAGCAAUGUAUACUGUCCCCGUGGAGGAGGACCCAAAGCAGCCGGAGUCACCUGCUCAGAAACUGCCCCUGACCUGGUGCUGGAUGCACAGCUGGUUCAGGAGUCAGCGUAUCUGGAGGAUCGACCACUUCACCUGCUCACCUGUGCUCAUGAGGAGAACUGCCUGUCUUCUUCAGCUAGCCGCAUGAACUGGCCUUAUGGCCACCGGCGUCUGCUGCGUUUCUCCUCCCGCAUCAUGAACCUGGGGAGAGCUGACUUCAGGCCCAAAGCUUCACGAGAAUCCUGGAUAUGGCACCAAUGCCACAGGCACUACCACAGCAUUGAAGUGUUUACACACUAUGACCUUCUCACAAUCAAUGGAACCAGAGUGGCAGAAGGGCACAAAGCCAGCUUCUGUCUGGAGGACACGUAUUGUCCCGAAGGACUUCAGAAACGCUUUUCAUGUUACAACUAUGGAGAUCAAGGAAUUUCAGUGGGCUGUUGGGAUACAUAUCGCCACGAUAUUGACUGCCAAUGGGUAGAUAUCACAGAUGUCAGGCCAGGAGAUUAUAUCUUCCAGGUGGAAGUAAAUCCGUCACUGGAUAUGGCUGAGUCAGACUUCAUGAAUAAUGUAAUGCGCUGUAGGUGCAGAUAUGACGGUCACAGAGUCUUCAUGUAUGGCUGUCACGCAGGGGAUGCCUAUAGUGCUGAGAUUGAAGACUUGUUUGAACACCAGCGUCAGAUCACUAAUAACUUCCUCUGAGUCGUGUGUGGACAGCACACACUGUGACCUGUUACAGUAUGGACUUUGAAAAAAACUAUUUACAAACACAUCUGCUGGGAAAAAAAUCACAAAAGUCAAAAUGCAUUGAUAAGUGGAGAUGUAGUAACUGUUUAAUUAGCACCUCAGUGCUAACCAGUUACUGAAAAUGACUAAAAGAGAAGGAGAUUUAUUUAUAUUCACUGAUAAUUUUAUUGAAUGGUGGCGAAUGGAAUUCUAAUAUAGAGAUAUCUCUGGAUUACUGGAUUUAGGUGUAGACUUCUAUUAACAAUUUUGAUCUGAAUAUAUCAAUUGGGUCGUAUUUACUGGGUUCCAGUACAGUGAAUUUAAUACAGUACAUUCAGUAAUAUUCUUUGAGUGUUGCACUUUAUUUAUUGACCAUCAGUAUUCUCGUAGAUAUUGCCCUAUCGUCACCAGGGGGUCAGUUUAGUGGUCUUUGUUCAUUUUUUUGUUGAUUUGUUGUCUUAUUCAGUAUUUACCCCCUCCUCCCCCCAUAGUUCUCCCUUUCUUUUCUUUCUUCCUUUCCAUCAAGCUAAUGAAUUUGGGAAGUUCCUGAAGUGGUUAUAACCUUAUUAUAGGCAUUGUACAGUACAAACUGCAAAUUAAUUUAUUUAAUGCUUUGUUGAGCUCAUUUUAUAUUUGAAUGGAGAAAAGGUUAUUUUAUUAAUCUUCACAUUUAAUAAACAUGUAUGAUAUGUAGUUAUUGUUUUAAUUCAGAAACAUCUUGAACUUUGCCAAGCCUCAACCCAUCAGAAGCCUGAAGCACAAGAACAAGUGCAAGUUGCAUAUUGUAAACAAUGUAAAGCUUUACUUAUCGGAAUUGCAUAUGGUCAUAUGCAUAUGGUUUAUAAAGCUUGAUGUAAGAAAAGACCACUGGAUGGGGAAAAACAAAAUGUUUUUGCAUUGUGCAGAGGCUCAGGCUCACAGCAUUUCAAUAUGAUAUAAAAUCUUUGGCCUUGGAUGAAAAUUUGGCAAAAAUCAGCUUUAAAGUAAAACAACUUGCUUGAUGGAAAUGCAAAUGUAUUUAUUGAUGGGGAGAACAUCUAUAUUGAUGAGUAUUGUAUUAUUGCCUCACGGCUAUAAAUCUUUGGCCUCUUUAUUACCUCAGUAGCUUCCCUUUGUUGAAAUUUACUAGCAGCCACUAACUGUAUAAACAUUUUAGACCAUAAACUGUAAUAGUACACCUCAAUUUACAGUUUCUUUUUCCUUAAACACAUUUAAGUGAGCUUUUCACCAGCUUAUAAAAAUGUCCUAUGUGAUAUGCUUUUACCAUAUACUGUAGUUAUCAUAAGGUGCCAAAUGACUUACUGUUAUUUUCUUAAUGUAUUGAGUACUCUAGGAUUCUGGAGGCAUCAUUUUCUACAUGUUUACUUAUACAUGCUUUUAUAAUGUACUCUGAAACAUUUUAUUCUCCAGUUGAUAUUUAUUUAGAAGCCCUCAUCAUCUGUGUGAAUUGUUGCUAGGCAAGGUUUUAUUUGAUAUUCAAUGUACACUUUUCCUGAAACCCAAACCCUGUUCUCAGCUCAGUCUAAACUAAUGCUCUGUUAUCCCAUUUGCUCUCAGGGAUUAACUGUGUGUGUCAUUGGUUUUGUUCAAUAUUCUUGACAAAUAUUUGGUCAGAUUAAAGGUUCUGAAGCAUCCUGAAACAAUUAGAAAUCAAUAGUCAAAGCCAUUUCAGAUGCUGUGGAUCCUGGGUGCUGAUUUCUUUCUUUCUUUUUUUUUCUUUUUUUUUUUAAUUACUAUGUCAUAAAGGUGGCUUCUCACUGGUUGGCAGUCAUUG